CGAUUUUGAUCGACCAUGUCUGCCGGCAUUCUGCAGUUCUCUCUCUCAAAACUCCUAUGGAAGAAAUGACCCAUUUUCCUCUCCCAAUCACUCUCCCAAAAUCUUAGGGUUUUGUUCUAUGCGCAUUUCUACGGAGUAAGAGGAGGAGGAGGAUUGAUUUCUGGUUACCAUCUGCAGCAAUUUGUGGAGUGAUUUCUCAGUUUGAAGUAUCACUUGACGGAGCUCUUCAAUGGCGGGCACUUCACUGAUGGAUUCGCUCUUCCAGCGAUCUCUAGAUGACUUGAUCAAAGGAAUCCGCCUAUGCCCGCCGGGGACGGAGCCGGCGUUCAUCGCCAAAUCUCUGGAUGAGAUCCGCCGCGAGAUCAAAUUGACGGAUCCUCAAACGAAGGCCACCGCGCUUCAGAAGCUAACCUACCUCCAUUCCCUGCACGGCGCCGACAUGUCGUCGGCGGCGUUCCACUCGGUGGAGCUUUCCUCCGCCGCCGCACACGCACACAAGCGAAUCGCGUACCUCGCCGCUUCCCUGUCCUUCAAUCCGUCCACAACCGAAGUGAUUCUCCUCCUCACGCACCAGCUCCGCAAGGAUCUCUCCUCGUCCAAUCAUCACGAUGUGAGUCUCGCGCUAUCUACUCUCUCUUCGAUUUGUAAUCCCGAUUUGUCUCGCGAUUUGACGCCUGAGCUGUUCACUUUGCUUAGUAGUAGUAAAUUGUUUGUACGGAAAAAAGCCAUAGCUGCUACAUUGAAAGUCUUCGAGCAGUAUCCUGAUGCAGUCCGCGUUUGUUUCAAACGAGUUGUGGAGAAUUUAGAGAACAGUGAUAUGGCAGUUUUGUCAGCAGUUGUAGGACUGUUUUGUGAACUCACUGUGAAAGAACCUAGUUCUUGUUUGCCCCUGGCUCCUGAGUUUUAUAAGAUUUUGGUGGAUUGUAGGAAUAACUGGAUUCUGAUCAAGGUUUUGAAGAUUUUCGCAAAAUUAGCUCCAUUGGAGCCGAGGUUGGGUAAGAGAGUGGUGGAGCCGAUUUGUGAACAUUUGGGGAGGACAGGAGCCAAGUCUUUGGUGUUUGAGUGUCUGAGGACAAUCUUAACUAGUCUGAGUGAGUAUGAAUCAGCAGUGAAGCUUGCAGUUGGGAAGGUGAGGGAGUUUUUAUUAGAGGAAGAUCCAAAUCUUAACUAUCUUGGAUUGCAGGCCUUGACCAUUGUUGUGGAGAAGCAUAUGUGGGCUGUGUUGGAGAAUAAGGAAUUGGUGGUCAAGGCUUUGAGUGAUGUAGAUCCGAAUAUUAGACUCGAGGCUCUACGUCUUGUGAUGGCUAUGGUCUCAGAGGACAAUGUGAAUGAAAUUUGCAGGAUUUUGCUUGGCCAUGCAUUGAAGUCGGACCCAGAGUUUUGCAAUGAGAUCCUGGGAUUUGUUUUGUUGACUUGUUCGAGAAACUUUUACGAAAUAAUUUACGAUUUUGAUUGGUAUGUGUCUUUUCUUGGGGAAAUGACUCGGGUUCCACAUUGUCAGAAGGGGAGAGAGAUAGAGACCCAGCUUGUUGAUAUUGGUAUGAGGGUUAAGGAUGCUAGACCUGAGCUUAUUCGAGUUGCGCGUGACCUUGUGAUUGAUCCUGCACUACUUGGUAAUCCAUUUGUGCACGAAGUUUUGGCGGCGGCUGCUUGGAUUUCAGGAGAGUAUGUUGAGCUUUCGAAGAAUCCAUUUGAAGUUAUGGAGGCACUGUUGCAGCCCCGGACUAGUCUACUUUCUCCAUCGGUAAGAUCAGUGUAUAUUCAUUCGGCAUUUAAGGUGCUAACAUUCUGUAUAUCUUCAUACCUUAAGUUGGACAGAGAUGAUGCAUCACAUCCUUCUGGAAGUAUGGAAACUGAGGUAAGUGAAUCAUUUUCGGAUACUGAACAUGAGAAUAUGGGUGUUAGUGGUGAGCAUAUGGUUGAUUCUUCGAGAAAACGACAUCUAACAAAAGAAGCCAUCACAGGCCUAAUAAAUCUUGUCGAAAUCAAUUUGGGACCGUUGGCAGGAAGUGAUGAAGUAGAAAUACAGGAGAGGGCGAUCAAUGUCCUUGGUUUUAUUAGAAUGAUAAAGCCAAAGCUACUUGGUCCUUUGGAUAAUAUUCAAGGAGAUGAAACGAAGGAAGAAAUAAACAUUCCUGAAGUGAUAAACCUGAUAUACGACGUGUUUUCUGAGGAUCUUGGCCCAGUUUCAAUUAAUGCCCAAGAAAAGAUACCAGUGCCAAAUGGUUUGGAGCUGAAAGAAAAUCUUAGUGACUUGGAAGCUAUAUGUGGUGAUGUUAAGUUCCCAUUAUCGACAUCGUUUUCCCUUGUACAACCUCGAAUGGUAUUAGAAAAGGACGACAGUACAAGCACGUCUGAAUACCAUCUGAAGGAAGAUUCAGAACCAUCAACAGAGUCAACAUCUCUGCUUGCUGAGCAUCGAAAACGACAUGGAUUGUAUUAUCUCCCUUCUGAGGAUAAAGGAAAGACUAUUUCCAAUGACUACCCACCUGCCCGUGAACCGAAAGAUAAGGCAGUUGACGAGGCUGAUGAUGAUCUUGUAAAGCUAACCGAGCGAUCACUUGUUAGGAAAAAGACAAACCAAGUGAAGCCCAGACCUGUGGUGGUGAAAUUGGAUGACGGGGAAGGAUCAAAUGUUGUGGUGACAAAAUCAGAUUCGAAGAAUGAUUUACUCGCCGGUGCGGUACAAGAAGUCCUAAGAAAUGAAGCUACAGCUUCAUCAUCAAGAAACAAAUCACGAUCUACAACAGAUUUAGGAAACAGCAUAUUCCCUGAGUCGGGAAGAAGAAAACAUAAAAAAGAGAAAAAGCAUGUAUCUUCAGAGAAGAGGAAAGAAGAAAGUGAACAAAGAGACGGGCCGAAAAGAGAUGGCCGGAAUAGAAAGCACAAGUCCCGACACAGAGCGGAUGGGCCUUUGAAUGUUGAGGUACAAUCAUCGGUAAUCCCGGAUUUUCUUCUAUAGCGUGGGGACGAAAGGAUGAAUUUACGUCGAAUUUACACCAUUUUCACUCGAUAUUUGAGGUUAGUUUUCUUGUAUUGUGUUUGCUCUUUACUUGCCUGGAUUUGUUUGUAGUGUUAAUUCUCUUAAUUUUACAGCAGAAAUUGAGCCUAAUAUCUUUUUUGGGGGGUUU